AUGAAGUUCUCGAAGCACUGCGGCGCUAACGUUAGAGAAUUCGAGUCUGGACAACAAGUGAUGGUACGUGAUUACCGCAGCACAAACACAAAGUGGAUACCAGCUCAAAUUCAAGAAAAGACUGGACCGCUUUCUUACACUGUCAACCCAGGAAUGGGGACAUUGCGGCGACGUCAUACUGACCAACUACAUCCUACUGCAGUUAAGGUUACACCGACUGUAACUUUGAGCCCAGAUAACACACAAUCAUUAACUGAUGCUUCAAAACCAGAAAGCCUUAUUUCGACAGACAUCAAGGAAACAUACAUGCCUACCACAAUUACACCAACUACGGAAUCACCAUCUACACUGAAAGCAGAACAUGUACGACGUUACCCAAGGAGGGAAAAUGUUCGCCCACCAGACAGACUGAACUUGUGA